AUGGCGCCCCCCGUCCAGUCCCUGUUUAUCACCCUGAAGCGCAGCUUUGCGGGGACCAGGGAGCACCACGUCAGAAUUCUGCAAUCGUUGGGGUUCCGCUAUAGGCAGCAGACGGUGGAGAAGCCCAAUGUGGCACACAUCCGGGGGGCCAUAGACAAGGUGCGGCACAUGGUGCUGGCGGAGACGGACGUGCAGCGGGCAGCGCGGCUAGCAGCAGAGGCGGCAGCCAGAGCACCGCGGCCACCCAUUGUGGUGCGGCACUAA